AUGCUUGCUGCCGCUACAGUGUCGAGAACAGCUUCUAGUGCACCUGGAGCAGUUUCAACUAAAGCAUGGCCAGUUUCAACUGCCGCCAGAACAGUUUCUACUGCAGCAGUAACUGUUCCUGGGAGCAAGAUGACACCUGAGGAGCUGGAAAUUGACAUGAGGGAUUUCCUGAGCAACAGAGCCAGGUGGGGCCAGGUGGAGAAGGGAGGCGCGUCCAUUGCCCACCUGAGAAUCUACCUGAGGGGACUGCGACGAGAAGGCGACCCGAAACUAGAGCAACUGCAGGACAUGUUUCUUUCCCACGGACUAACUCUCGAAGACAUCAAGCUCGAGAUGCUCUCAGUGGUGCAGCUGUUUGCUACCUUAGUCAGCCCCGUUCGAACCGGAGCAAAGAACAAGCCAAAGCUCCUCACCAUCAUAGCAACCUCCGAGCCUUGGAACAGACCUCACGCUAUGGAGAAGCGCCUCGUUGCUGCGGCUGUCACCGGGCCUGUCCCGGGCCUGCCGCCGGAGCUGGCCGCCGCGGCUGCGGCACAGGUUCGGGUGGGGGAGGACGAGGUUCGGCGGUAUGGAGGGAUGCUGGAGCGGUUUUUGGAGAGUCCGAGGGAGUGGAAUCUGGUGGAUCAUCGGGGGGAGUUUCAGUUCAAUGCUAUCUUUGCGUUCCUGCGCAAGACUCAUGUGUGCGAGCCGCUGCUGCUGCAGGGGGGGUUUCAGUUCAAUGCUGUCUUUGCGUUCCUGCGCAAGGCUCAUGUGUGCGAGCCACUGCUGCUGCAGGUGAGACUGCAUUGCGAGGUGCCGGGGUUUAGGUGCCGGGGUUUAGGUGUCAGGGUUUCGGGUCUGAUGGGUCACUGGGGGAAGUUUCAGCUCCCUCCCCCUCCCACCACCUGUCCCCCCAACCCACAGCACUACCAGGCUCUCUUCUUUGCCCAUGCUCUUACUCUUCAUGACCUGCGGGCGUGCAAGAAGUGGGUGCUCAUGCUGCUCGCUCUGCUGCUGGGCUUCUUGGGUCGCUUGGACGAGCUCAACAAGAAGGACCUGGUUCAGGCUAUAGCGUCCACAGAUGCUUGGAAGGAGUACGAGAAGGGAGGUGUUGGGAAGGAGAAAAGGUCUGCUCCAGGGAGGAUUCGGCCAAUCAAAUGCGCCCGUCUGCUGCCGACCUCCCGCCAGGACCGGUCGGCGUUCCUCCUCCACGUCCGGCAGGCGGGGGAUGACGAGCUGGACGGAGUGCUUUUGCAGUUUCUGGAGGACCCGAAGCACUGGGCGUGUGCGCUGAAAGGGGGCGUGGUUGUAACGAGGCUGGGGAAGUUUAUAAGGGAGAUGGCGGAAAACAACCCAGCGAUGCUGGAGCCCUACCAGCAGGCGUUCUUUGCUCACGGCAUUGGAAUGAACGAGCUGCGCCGGGAGAAGCGUACGGCGCUGGAGCUGUUUGCAUACCUCAUGGGCUUCACAGGCAACAUGAGGGCAUGGAAGAAGCACCGGCUUUUAAAGAUCAUAUCUGACAUGCCAGCCUGGCAGAUUCAUGCGACGCGACUGGACGAGAUGGGCUUUGGGGGAGGUGUGGGGAAGAGGGGGUGGGGGGGAAUGAGGGGUGCUGGUGGGGAGGGUAGGGGCGAAGGGGCAGAGGAUGAGGAAGGAGAGGAGCAAGGGGAGGAGGAGGAAGGAGAGGAGGGAGGGGAAGAGGAGGUGACUGAGGGAGAUGAAGAGAGCUGGGCGUCGAGUUACGCGCUGAGCUGUUCCCGUUGCCUGCCUAUUGCUGGCCUGGUGCAGAUGCAGAGAGGGGAGGAGCAGAGAGGGGAGGAGCAGAGAGGGGAGGAGCAGAGGAAGGGUGAUCUUGGGAACGAGGCUUUGGAGAUGGGGGAGAAUGAUGGGGCGACGGUGGGCAUUGGGAGUGAGAAGUGGGGGGAGAAGGGUGAGGAGAUGGAGGUGAAUGGGGAUGAGAGGAAAGGGAAUGGGAAGAAAGGGGAGGAGAAGGGGGAGGAAAAGCGGGAGGAAAUGGGGGAGAAGGGGGAAGGGAAUGAGGAUCACACCACUAUGACGCCCUGUGCUGUGGUCAAAUCAGCAGGCCCACGUGGCAUUACAUCAGAUGAGCUGCUGUUGCCCUCGCUAGCCCCAAAACACGCAUCAGUAGCACCGGCAGCAGCACCAGCAGCAGCACCAGCAGCAGCAGCGGCAGCAUCAGCAGCAUCAUCAACUGCAGCAGCGGCGCCAGCAGCAGCGACAUCAGUUGCGGCUCGAUUGGAAGCAGCAGCAUCAGCACCACAGGAUACAGCACCAGAUGCUGUUAUUUCAAAAGCAGAAGCACCAAACGUUUCAGCUGGAAAGGCUUCAGUUCCAGAAGCACUGGAUGUGCCUAGCGGUUCUGAGGCUGUUACAAGCGGUGAUGUGGGGUUGGCAGGGGCUGCCCUGGAUUUUCCCAGUGCUGUGGGGUUGGCAGGGGUUUCAGAAGAAAGCGGUCUGAAUGGUUUGGUCAGGAAAGCAGCAAGUGUCGGGGAGAGAGAGGAGGAAAAGCAGGGAGGGGAGGAGGGGGAAGGGAGGGAGGGAGUGGAGAAAGGGGAAGGAGGGGAGAGAGGGGAUGGGGUGGAAAGGGGAGUGGGAGGGGAUGGAAGUCCGGGUGCGUCACAGAGUAAGUUAAAGCUACAGGUCACUCCUGUAGCGGAGGGAGAAUGUAGUGCGGGUCUGACUGGGGCAGGUGCGACUUGGGCAGGUGUGACUGGGGCGGGUGUGACUGGAGUGGGUGUGACUGGAGUGGGUGUGACUGGAGUGGGUGUGACUGGAGUGGGUGUGACUGGAGUGGGUGUGACUGGAGUGGGUGUGACUGGAGUGGGUGUGACUGGAGUGGGUGUGACUGGAGUGGGUGUGACUGGAGUGGGUGUGACUGGAGUGGGUGUGACUGGAGUGGGUGUGACUGGAGCUCGUGUGACUGGAGUGGGUGGGACUGGGGCAGAGGAGUGGGCGCUGGGAGACGCUCAGAGCCGUGCCAAGGUGCCCCAGUUCUUCCGCUACCUGCGGCACCUGCAGAGAAUCGGCUCGCCCCUGCUCAAGGCGUAUCGUGAAAUCUUCCUCUCCCACGGCCUCUCCUCCUCGCAGCUCCUGGCCAUCAAGAAGCAAGCGCUGAUGCUCUUUGCUGCCCUCUUCGGUUACCGCAGGCAACUCGACGGCAAGAACAAGGGGCAUGGGGGUAAGGAGCGGCGAGGUGGAAGGAAGGAAUUGCAAGGCAUGGAGCAGGGAGAGGGGCGCGAGCAGCAGUGUACAGAGCAGCAGCAGGGGAUUGAGGCGCGGGGGGUGCAGCAGGUGUGGAGGCGGGAUCAGGGAAGCAACCUGUUGGUAGGUGAUGCGGCUGGUGUGGGUGGGUCUGGUGCCCUGUGUGCUGCGAGUGAGCAGGGUGAGUCAGGCGUGAGGGGUAUACGCUCACAAGAAGGGGUGCCAGCAGUGGCAGCAGGGAUGGCAGCAGCAGAAGGGGCAGGAACAACAGCGGGAGGAGCAGCAGCAGGAGGAAGGGCAGAGGAAGGAACAGGAGCGGCAGGGGCAGCAGGAGCAGACUCAAGAGGAGGGAGAGCAGGGGAAGGGCGAGGGGCUGGGGGCGGGCUGAGCGCGGGAGAGGAUAGCACGGAUCGCUCGCGGUGGCAAAUCAUCUACCCCGUUUACAUAAACUCGAAGAUGACUAUAGCGCAGGGUCGUCGUAUCGCGGCGAGCAAGGCCGCUGAGAACCCCAACAUUCAAGAGAUGCUCGACUCGUGCACGCAUCUCAAGAUUCCCGUGCAAGCCGAGCUAGACAAGGCCUAUUCACGGGACUUCUUUCAAAGAGGCCGCAUCCGAGUGCAGAUUAAGAAGCCCGACGGCUCGCCACACAACCCUGAUAUCCCCAACAAAAUGGCGCUUAUGCUGAAAUUGGGGGAACUUAUACCGAAGCAUGUUGGGCGGAGCAAGAAAGACAAGGAAAAGGAAGGAGGUGGAGGAGGGGGUGGGGGUGCAGGGGGGUCGCAUGGAGCAGGAGGUGGUUCUGAGAAGAAGGGGAAGGGAGGGAAGAAGAGGAGAUGA